AUGUCUGCUGCCGCUACGGUCAAGACCUCUGUGCCCAGCGCCAAGGAUGUGCUCGUCCCUGAGACGCUUCUGAAGAAGCGCAAGGCUGAUGCCAAGCUCCGUGAGGAGAAGCAGGCCAAGGCCCUUGAGCUCCGCAAGGCCCGCAAGCAGAAGCGCCAGGUUAUCUUCAAGCGUGCCGAGCAGUACGUGAAGGAGUACAAGGCUGCCGAGCGUGAGCAGGUUCGCCUCCGUCGCCUUGCGAAGUCGCAGGGUGACUUCUACGUGCCGGCUCAGCCGCGUGUUGCCUUUGUUGUUCGUCUUCGUGGUAUCAACAACAUCGCCCCGAAGCCGCGCAAGAUCAUGCAGCUGCUCCGUCUUCUGCAGGUCAACAACGGUGUGUUUGUCAAGCUCACCGCCGCUACCCAGCAGAUGCUCCAGCUCAUUGAGCCGUACGUGGCCUACGGUGAGCCGAACCUGAAGACCAUCCGCGAGCUUAUCUACAAGCGCGGUUACGCCAAGAUCAACAAGCAGCGCAUCCCCAUCUCGGACAACAGCCUGAUUGAGGAGCACCUUGGCAAGUACGGUAUUAUCUCGGUUGAGGACCUUGUCCACGAGAUCGCCACUGCUGGCCCGAACUUCAAGGCUGCCAACCAGUUCCUGUGGCCGUUCCAGCUCUCGAGCCCGACUGGUGGCUUCAGGGCCCGCAAGUUCAAUCACUUUAUCGAGGGUGGUGAUGCCGGCAACCGUGAGUCGGACAUUAACCGUCUUGUGCGCCGCAUGAACUAA